UUAACUACUCGUCAUGUAUUGCAUCAUGUGACUUUUCACUUCGUUGACCGCUGGCCAAUCUCCCUACCGGCAACAUUUACUUGCACAGAGAGAAUGCGUCGGUUCGAACGGAUCAGUCAUGUCGUCGAAUCUGUGGAGGAGUAUCGUGUCGGGGGUUACCACCCCGUUCACCUCGGGGACAUGUUCCACCAGAGGUAUCGGGUUGUGGGCAAGUGGGGUUAUGGCGAAUUCUCCACGGUGUGGAUCGCAGAAGAUCUAAGGCUCCAAAGGAACGUCACAUUGAAGAUCCUCAGAGCAGAUGCAUCGAAGGAUAGCCGCGAGCUUUCUGUUCUCCUUCGCCUAUCUGAAAGCAGCAUCCAUCAUUCAGGCGAAAAUCACGUCCUGCAAUUGUUGGAUCAUUUUGAGCAUAGAGGGCCCAACGGCUUGCAUCUUUGUCUUGUGUUUCCUGUCAUGAUGUCUGAUGGCAACGCAAUAAAUGCCCGAGGAAAGCCCCGAUGCCCAGGCUAUAUCCGCAAGGUCUUGAAGCAAAUACUGCUCGGUCUUAACUACAUCCAUACUCUAGGAUUGAUUCAUUGCGAUCUCCAACCAGGCAAUACACUAUUCACCGUAGAUAGUGAUCUAUCAAACGAAUCUAUGAUGGAACAAGAAUUCAUCCCUGUCAAGUGGCUUCCGGGAGUUGAAGCCGAUGACAGUGCUCCACGCUAUCUUAUGGACUCGCGGCGACCUUAUGGAAUGCUAGACGAUGCACCCAUUUCGGAUCUCAUUGUCAAGAUUGGCGAUAUGGGCGGAGGUCUAUCCCACCCAUUGAUUGACACGGUAGUACACAUCAUUGACGAAUAUUGGUCACAAUCUGAUUAUUGUUCGCGGAUCUUCGAGCUUGCUACAAACGAACCACUUUUUCCGAUACUCACCUGGGGAAGCACGGCUGAGGAGCUCCGCCAGCUUUUGCAAUCUCUCGAAUCCAAACUAUUUGAAAAUGGUUUCCAAAAUUUCGCUACCUUCCUUGGUGAGCGGUUGCCGACUGAAUUCGGUACAGAAAACAUUUCACAGCUGGCAGAUAUUCUUUGGUCAAUGUUGCAGGAGCUUCCCCGGAAUCGGAAAACAGCCACUGAGCUUCUCAGUCACUCGUUUCUGGCUGAAUAG